AUGAAGAUCUAUUUUGCUGGAAGUAUUGGGGGUGGUCGACAGAAUGUAGAGAUCUAUUUAAGAAUACUAGAAAAGCUAAAAGCAUAUGAUACCGUUCUGACAGAACAUGUCGGAGCAAAAAAUUUGGAAGAAUUUGAAAAAGACUUGACAGAAAAGGAGAUUCAUGAUCGAGAUAUGGUGUGGCUUCAAGACUGUGACGUGGUGGUAGCAGAAGUAACACAGCCAUCACUUGGAGUUGGAUAUGAGAUCGGACGAGCAAUCACAUUAAAUAAGAGGAUACUCUGUUUGUUUAGACCGGAUUCAGGCAAACAUUUAUCAGCCGUGAUAGCAGGUGUAGAAACUGGUUCAUCCUCGUUUGUUGUGAAAAAUUACAAAGAAGAAGAUGCUGCAAGAAUAUUGAGUGAAUUUCUUCUCUGA